AUGCUCGCGCGGGCGCCUUGUGGUCCGCCUGGCGUCCACGAGUUCCUGUUGCAGCUCUUCCUUUCAGUGCUUGGGCAGGGGCUUGGAGCCUUGGCAUUAACGCUGACCCGGCUUUUGCAGAGUGGUGGGUACGAUCUCAACCUCUUUACCAGCCCUCCUGACUGCAAUUUCCUGUGUUCCAUCUGCCAUGGGGUUUUCAAGAGGCCGAUGAGGUUGCCAUGCAGUCACGUCUUCUGCAAAAAGUGCAUCUUGCAGUGGCUAGCCAGACAAAACACCUGUCCAUGCUGUAGAAAAAAGGUGAAAAGGAGAAAGAUGGUCCAGGUGAACAGACUCCAGAAAACCAUUGGUCGCCUACAAGUCAAGUGCAAGAAUGCUGCAGCUGGGUGCUUGGUGACAUGCCCUCUGGCUCGUCGCAAAGGGCACCAGGACGCAUGUCCCUUCGAGCUGAUGGCCUGCCCCAAUGAGGGCUGCACUGUGCAGGUUCUGCGCGGAGUCCUGGAUGAUCACCGACUGCAUUGCCAGCAGGGCGGGCCGCAGCGCUGCCCCUUAGGCUGUGGAGCCACUCUGGACGCCUCGGAGCGUGAGCAACACAACUGUUACCGCGAGCUACGUGACGCUUGGAUCCAGCGCCACGAGCGCAACCGGACCCUGUUGUUGAACCUGUUGGGGCGGGUGCAUCGAGUUUACCGCAGCACCAACUUCAUCCGCCGACAGCUGGCCCAGCUGGGUAACUUCCUAGAGGAUGACUCCCAGCUCCUGAGUGCCUGGGUACAGGAGACUGGGGUGGCCCCGGAGACUGAGAUGUGGGGUGCGCGGGGCCAAAAUGUCUUACAGAGGAAUUAAAUAAACGCUGAGCCCAAGCCUGGCCCACCUCACACCUCAUGUCCUCUGUG